AUGGACAUCCAGAUCCUCCCGCUCACAAAGUCGGACAUUCCGCAGGCCGUAGAAUGCAUCCAGACCGUCUUCGCGGAUGACCCUUUCUUCCUUUACAUGUUUGACCAAAACACCUACAAUCCCGCCCGCAACGCAGCCUCCCUCUCCGCCCACUUCCUCCACGGCCUCUCCAUCAACGCCCCCAUCUACGUCGCCAAAGCCAAAACAACAACAAAUCACCAAGCCCGGAAUUCCGAAUCCCGCAUCCUCGGAAUCUGCUGGUGGCACCCCCCAACCCCAACCACCACCGCAACCCCCCUAGCAACCCGCAUCCAAGACUCCCUCCUGUCCCUCCGCCAACUCCUCGCCAACAUCCGCUACGCCGGCCGCGGCGGACUGCACCUGCACCGCUACCGACAGUGGAAGUCGCUGCAAUCGCAAACACAUGCCCAGAUCUGGGACGACGACCGCGGGUACUACUUCUGCAACGUGAUUGCGGUGCGGUCUGAGCUGCGUGGGCGCGGCGUUGGGAGGCGGCUCGUUGAAGCUGUGACGCGAAGAGCGGAUGAGGAGGGGAUGCCGUGUUAUCUGGAGAGUUCCAAGGGGAUGCCGAAUCUGGCGAUUUACGAGAAGUUGGGGUUUCAGGGGGUCGGCGAGAUUGAGUGUGUCGAUGGGAAGGAUAUUUGUACGCUAUACUGUAUGAUCCGCCCGCCGGCUACGAGUACGAGUAAUGCGAAACGAUGUUGA